GUUUGUUUCGUGUCGGAUCUGAACUCAAAGGAAAUAAUGGCAGAAGUUGCUCCAGCUCCCGCAGCCGCUGCUCCGGCUAAAGUCGUCAAGAAGAAGGUUUCCAAGCCGAAGAAGACUGGCCCCAGCGUCAGCGAGCUGAUCGUGAAAACUGUGGCCGCAUCCAAGGAGCGGAGCGGCGUGUCUGCAGCCGCCCUGAAGAAGGCUCUGGCUGCCGGAGGCUACGAUGUGGAGAAGAACAAGGCCCGCGUCAAGACCGCCAUCAAGAGCCUGGUGGCUAAGGGGACACUGGUCCAGACUAAGGGGACCGGCGCCUCCGGGUCAUUCAAGAUGAGCAAGAAGGUUGAGACCAAGGCCAAGAAGCCCGCUAAGAAAGCUGCUCCUAAAGCCAAGAAGCCCGCCAAGAGUCCCAAGAAACCCGCAGCUAAGAAGCCCAAGACAGCGGCAGCCAAGAAGACAGCAGCCGCUAAGAAAUCCCCCAAGAAGGUCAAGAAGCCCGCAGCGGCCAAGAAAGCAGCCAAGAGCCCCAAGAAGGCAGCCAAGAGCCCCAAGAAGGUGGUGAAAAAGGCUCCUGCAGCCAAGAAAGCUCCUGCUAAGAAGGUGGCCAAACCCAAAGCCAAGAAGGCAGCACCCAAGAAGAAGUGAGCUGUCAUCAGUCUGAACAUGUGAACCUGAUCAAAGGCUCUUUUAAGA